AUGUUGAAUCCCACCCGCAAUCUCAGUAGCAAGGCGUCGAAGCUACUAUGGGGUCUGACCCUAUUAGCGACGGCGGCAGGGGCUCAAGAGCUGACAGAUGGUCAAAUUGGCGUGGUUAGCGCCAGAUUGGCAGAAGCAGCGCUCAUGAGUUGGGAGCUCGGUACUCGCGCACAAACUAUCCUCGAGCUUAACGCCACAGAAUACUCGGUGUUCUCUUCGUCCUCUCUACCACCCCCUAAAACUAUUCCAUCGUCACUGGCGUCUACACACGGACUCGAUCCUUUCUUUGCCAUUGCCCACGAGGUCGUCGCGAACCGCUCAACGGCGAACAACAACACGUCUGGGCCGCAGGCCUUUCUACCAGAUGGCAGUGCUGGCGACCCACCGUCGAUCGGCGUGGCGGUCUUGCUGGCCGAUUGGACGAACCAAGACGACGGGAGGUUGGAUUACGCAGGCGCAGCCAAGGACCAACUCGACUUUCUCCUAACCAAAGUCCCCAGAGCCUCCGACGGUGCUAUAUCGCAUAGGGUGUCUGAGCUGCAGCUAUGGAGCGAUUUUGUUUACAUGGUACCACCGUUCCUCGCUUACUAUGGCGUGUUGACCCGGAACCGCACUCUUGUCGCCGAGGCCUACAAUCAAAUUAAACUUUACCGAGGCCAUCUACGUGAUAAUUCAACGGGGUUGUGGAUGCAUGUCUUGCUGGGUGCCGACUGGAAUGACCCCGGAUUCUGGUGUACAGGUCAAGGAUGGGCAGCGGCGGGGAUGCUGCGGGUUUUCGCCACGAUGCAGCACUCUGAAUACUCCAACACGUUCAAAAACGAGCAAAAAGACCUUGCGAGCUGGAUAAAAGAAAUCCACGACGCCGUAUACCCUCACCUCGAUGAUACCAAUAUAUUCACAAACUACCCUAACCAACCCGUCACAGCCUCUGGCAACUUUUACGACGCCGCCUGUACAGCGCUGCUCGCAAGCACCGUCUACAGAGCCGCACUAGUAACCAAAGACGGCUCGCACAUCGCCGACGCCGACCGCACGCGGUCCACUCUAUUCAGCACGAACACCAGCCAGCCCCCUUCGUCCAACGCGAGCACCGCGCUGGACGGCUACGCGCAUCUGACGGCGGACGGGUGGCUCACGCCCGUCGUGAACCCGCACUCGUUUGGUAUGGCGGGCAAGGAGAGUGCGGAGGCGCAGGCGUUCGUUGUGCAGCUCCAUGCGGGGCAUAGGGAGUGGGUGCAGGGCGGCUCGAGAGUCAGCGCGGCUACCAGGAACGGCCGUGCGGAGGCUUCUGCGGUGUGGAUGACGCUUGUCCUCGUCCUCGCGGGAGCGUUUUUUCUUUUUUCCAUUUUCUCAAAGUACUUGGACGAUAUAUACCGACUUUCUCCACCCAAUUUAUACACCACCAUCAUACGCCUGUCAUUUCCCCUCCACUCAGCCUGCCGCUACCUUCAUAAUCCGCACACCCUCCCUACUUUACAGAAAAAAACGUCACCUAAUAAUUUAUUCGACCCGAUAAUCGCAUAG